CACGCACUUUCCAGCAUGCAGAUCAUCUCCGCUCGCAAGUCUUGUCGGGUCUUAUCACUUUACGUUGCCCAACUUAUCAGUGCUGCAAGCCUGCACCGCGGCAGUCACUGCGAACGCACCGGCAUCACUGGAACGGAGACAGAUCCUCUUAUCGCCGAGUGUGCUCGCCUGCACACCUCGUCUGCUCUGGUUGAAACGCUCGGUUGUAUACUAUCUGCGCAUGCCCAGAAUCAAUGCUGUCUCGAACGUAUGAUGGUAGAAGGCGCACCGUUAGUGCGCAGGUGGUGGUGGCGCGACGAUCGAUGCCACCAACAUGAUACGUCGUUGCUCAUUCACGCUGAUGUGUUGACCUACGUAGCACGUAGGCCUUUCGAGCCUCGCUGCACCCGGAACCUCUGCUGGUCGCAAGUCUGGAGCGCACAUUUGAUGGACGAAGUAUGCGCGUUCCCUCCGCUGUUGCCGUUCGCCAUCGGCUUCGGCGUCCCGGCCAUCUACGUGCUGACCACGAUGACUUACCGGCUACGCUACGACUUCGACGCGGUCGUGAGCAGACGGGGCGGCGUGACCAACACGUUCACAAGCAUAAGUCGAGCGACAGCGUCCUCGCCAUGGUCUGUUGGCUGGGUCCUAGCCACGGUCGUCCACCUGAUCUGCAACUUGUGGAUCAACGGUGAGUUUACGGACUACUGGGACGCCCGAGAGCACCUGCUGCCGCAUGGGCAACGGGACGCGUACCGCAGAACGGCCGAGUUCGCGCGUCACCUCCACUGGCUGAGGGCGGCUGCGCUCGUUCUCGUUUCCGCCAUGACCACUCGUCUUUCCGAGAAACUGCAUUUUACCUCUGUGACGAUAUUUCUUACCACUGACUUCUUUUAUCACCGCUACGUGGACCACUUGGAAGGGGAGCUCUUCGCACGCGUCAAGGACCCAACGGUGGCCUGCUCGAGCUUUCACCAUCGCACUGCCAACAACGUGAUGACAGCACUGAGCGCUUGCCUCCCGCUGAGCUUGGUGCUCCACCUGUUCGGCAGGGUCUCCUACGCUCAUUCGGCAUUUGGUCUCUUCGAGCUCGUCUAUGGAGCCUGUCAUGGAUGGCAUGAUUUCAUUACCAGUGUGGUAAUUACGCGGCAAGCCUACCUGGCCUGCGCCGACGACCCGGGCAUGCUCUGGCACUGCCUGCCGUCGCUGUCGUCAGCACCGACCUACGCCGGAAGCUCCACCUGGCUAACCUGGUGCUCGCGGCUGUGUUAGUGGCCUUCUGCUUGACACACACACAAUUGUCACGCAGCCUCGUUGAGGACGCGGUACGAUGGAUCGACUCUCGUCAUAAGUGACUGUGGUUCUUGCGGCAUAGGUAUUCAUUCUUCAUGGCCCCACUACAUCAUCACAUGGUGAGGGUUCGUAUUUGCACAAACGCGCGAUUCCUGCCAACGUUUCAGAGGCAUCUGUGGCGAAUGUCGAGCGUUGCAAAUCCGUGAUACUAGAUUUGAAAGAGGCGCUUAUUUUCUGGUGCCAGGUACAUGAAAUUUUAAAACAAAACUGGAUGUACAUUGCCUUCGUA